GACCUGCAGGACCCGGGUCUCGGGAGCCCCUUGCGGGCCCAGCCGGCCUCCAGGGUUGACAUUAUUCCCACUUUGUGGAAAAACUGAAGCCCAGACGGGUUCGGGGACCUGCUGAGGGUCACCGGGCAGGAGAGAGGUGGGGCCAGCCGGUGACAGGGCUGCGGUGCCUCCUGCACUUCCCUCGGGUGGGAGAGGGAGAGGGGACCCCCAAGACUGCUAGGUGGAGCGAGGUGUCCUCCUGCUGCACCUCAGCGAGGUUUAAUUUCGAGCCUUAGUAGAGACUGCAGGGCUGGCGGGCGAGGACGAGCUCAGAGGCAGUUCCAAGCUGCUGCUGGUUUUGGAGCGGGCCAGACAGAAUCGGAAGGGGGACAGCGGGUGGGACAGGCCGAGCCCCAGAGGCCCCCCUCCCCGCGGCCGUCCCCUGCCCAGACUGCUGCCCCAAACCGUGCUGGGUGGGAGGCUGGAGCUCGGCCUCCUUCCUUCCUCUUGACAGGAAAUGACUUCCCUUCCCUUUGUUCCCACUUUCUCUGCUUACCCAACUGGAUCUCAGAUCGCCCCGGGGAGGAAGGAUGGGGGGCAGGUCCCCGGCGCAGUCGGCCAGGAGGCUGCUCCUAGGAACUUUCUCACACAUUCCCCGCUCCGGGGUGACCUGGAGUCCGCGGGGCCAGAGGGGGGCCAGGCCUCCCUUUCCCGCCCGGGCCUGACAUCCCAGCAGGAGCCGCUGGGAGGGGUGGCCAGGGGGACGGGAGCCUGCCCAGCUGCUAACAUCUGGCCUCUGCACGGCAGCAUUGGCCUUAGACGGUCACUGAGAAACUAGUGGAGCUAACUUCCCCGAGCUGAGCUGGCCUGACCUCGGGAACUGCCGCUCUCCCAGGAGAAUCCGGAUCCGGGUCAGGGAGCCCCCACCAGAAGGCAAGGCAAUGGCGGCGAAGCCGGAGAAGAGGGUCGCCUCGUCUGUCUUUAUCACCCUGGCUGCCCCACGUCGAGAUGAGGCAGUGGCCGAAGUGAGACGGGCAGCUAGCGAGACCCGGCCUGGCCGCCCCUGGGAGUCUCCUGCCCCAGGGAAAGCCCCCGGAGCCGGGGCAGGCUCAGGAGGCAGGCCCGGGCCCUGGAAGUCCCCUGCUGAGCCAGCCGCACCAUCCCACCUCUCCAAUGGAGGAUGUUCUCCCACGCUGGAUGGCCAGGAGGUGCUCCCAGACCUGGACCUCCUCCCUCCUCCACCCCCACCCCCUCCGGCAUACCUGCCUCCUCCUGAUGAGGAGCCCCCGGCCCCGAUGGGGGCGUCCCUUAUUUCGGACUUCCAGCAGCUGCACCUGCUCCCGCCCCCGCCCCCACCGCAGUCCCUGGUGGAGGGGCCGCCACUCCAGCCUCGGCCCAGUCACCUCAGGCCUGCAGAGGAGGAGCUGCCGCCUCCCCCAGAAGAGACUGCUAGCUUCCCCGAGAGAGAGGCAUCAACAGACAUCUGUGCCUUCUGCCACAAGACCGUGUCGCCCCGAGAGCUGGCCGUGGAGGCCAUGAAGAGGCAGUACCACGCCCAGUGCUUCACGUGCCGCUCCUGCCGCCGCCAGCUGGCGGGCCAGAGCUUCUAUCAGAAGGACGGGCGGCCCCUCUGCACGCCCUGCUACCAGGACACCCUGGAGAAGUGUGGCAAAUGUGGCGAGGUGGUCCAGGAGCACAUCAUCCGGGCCCUGGACCAGGCCUUCCACCCACCCUGCUUCACGUGUGUCGCCUGCGCCCGGUGUAUCGGGGAUGAGAGCUUUGCCCUGGACGGCCAGAACCAGGUGUACUGCCUGGACGACUUCUACAGGAAAUUUGCCCCUGUGUGCAGCAUCUGUGAGAGCCCCAUCAUCCCCCGAGACGGGAAGGACGCCUUCAAAAUCGAGUGCAUGGGAAGAAACUUCCAUGAAAACUGCUACAGGUGUGAGGACUGCAGCGUCCUCUUGUCCAUCGAGCCCACAGACCAGGGCUGCUACCCGCUGAACAACCGGCUCUUCUGCAAGCCUUGCCACGUGAAGCGGAGCGCCGCAGGGUGCUGCUGAGUGCACCCCAGGUCUGGGGGCCGUGAGCCCCCUGCAAGCCUCAACAGGACCCUUCCCUGACUUGGUUUCCCUUCCUGACCUGCUCCUGCCACCUGCCCUCCGAGCUUCCUGGGAACCAGCCUGCAGCUGCGCCACCGCAGUGUCACCUCCUCCCCGCUGCAGGUGCUUGGCGGAAGACAGAACCCUCAGACUUCUAUCCUCUGGGCUCUAGAAGAUUCUGUAUCCUGAAUAUCACGUGCGGAAUUCCCACCUCUGAGCUCUGGCGUCUCUUGAGCACUUAAUGCCCGCUUCUAGUGUUGAGCUGGGGUGAGCCUCCAGGGGUCCUGGGCCCCUAGCAGUGACUUUAGGUGGCCUGGCGGGGUUGUUGCUGAGACCAUCCUGUCUUACAAGACUGAGCUGUUGGAGGAAAAGAUAACUCCAAGGGCCCUUAAAAAAUGCUUUUUUUUAAACAUGGAGGUUCAAAUGAUGGAGCAUAUUCAUUGGACAUUUUGAAGAGGGGGCCUUAAUAGGAAACGUCUCCUGUUUCCUAUACGAGGGAGACCCAGUGGUGGCCUGGCCUCGGGACAUGUCUGCUGACGUGGGGCCAACCCAGGCGUGAGCCCGAAUAGCAGGUGCAGAAGGAGGGUGAGGGGCUGACCACCCUGCGUCCAGGUGCUCUGCACUGUGCUUGAUGCCUGUGUACGCUGGGGGGCAGGUGCUGGAGAUCUCGGGGUACUGCCUGCAGCCUUGACCACACACUCCUCCUAGCAGUGCUGUUGGGGGGGGUCCCCUCAGCCCCCGGCUCAUCCCCAAGUCCCACUCAGGCCAUCCAGCCCAGGCCUGUGACCACCGCCUCCUCAGUGGGUCUGUCCCUGUUUCUUUCCUUUUAAGGAAAACCACUUUUGUGGCUUGGUAACUUCCAAGACAUCGUGUGGGGCCUGAACAAGUCAAACAGUGCUUUCCUCCCUGGGGUCGUCUUGCUGUGCCACAGGCUGCCGUGAGGGGGUCUGGGAUGCCAGCACUGGGACGAUUCCCUGCCAGGCCCCUUAGGACCUCGACCAGGGCACAGCUUCCAGCCAGAGCCUGAGCAGCGGCCCCCACACCCCAGGUGCUCACUGAGCACCCCACCACUCGUGUUAGAACCAAGCAUCGCCUGUUCUCGCAGCUCCUCGAUGUUUCACGCCAACACACUUUGUUUUCCUCUCUUCCCACUGUGGCCUUCGCCGAGGGCGCCCCGCGCCGCCUGCCCCCACGCGCAGCUGUGCUUUUCCUGCAAAAAUAAACGCGUGACUAUUGG